AUGCCUGCUGCUGCUGCCGCCGCCGCUGCCAUUGGUAUCACACACACUCCAGCGAGAGCCCUGCAGGAGCCGGAGCAGCGCGAGCCCAACCCUGCUGCUGCUGCUGUUGCAAGGAGAGGCGAGGCAAGAGGAUCAGCGGCGGCGGCGCCCGGCAGCCCCGGGCCCAGGCGCGCGUGCCUGCCCGCCUGCCUGCCCGCCCGCCUGCCAGAGGGAGGAAGGAUGCGAGCCGCUGGCUGCGUUUGCUCCGCUAGGGUCCGUCGUCUGCAGCAGCAGCAGCCCAACCGCUGCCGCCGCCGCCGCCACCAGAUCUGGGAAACGCUUGUGCAAUAG